AUGGCAAAGAUCAAGGCCCAAGGAAUAAAUCCUAGCAUUAUGAGAUUGGCAUUUAUUCUUAAUCCAAAACCUAUGGUAGCCGCCAUCGUUCCUAGCUCACGAGCUGGACACCGUCCAGGAACACAUGCCGAUAGGGGCUGUCGAUCUCCUGCUUCCAUUUCAAAGCUCGAAAGUUCCAAGAAAGUCGCGGGUAUGGGAGAGCAUAAGCUUCAAGUUUCGAUGUUAUCGAUGGCCACGGGUGUCUAUAAUCAUUUCUUGAGAGUAAGAGAAGAUUCUGAGAUGACCUACUUAUGGUUAUGCCAUUCAGGCCCGGCUGAAAUGAGCAUCUUCAUCGGCUCAGGAUCAAGAAAGGACCCAAGCACAAAUUUAAUCGCCGCCAUUGGACGGAAGCCUCAUGCCGCCCAUCGGGCGAAAAUAUUUUAA